UUCUGAACAACACCUUAAUCCCAUCAAUAUAAAAAUAACGUUUAUAUUUUAGCGAUAUGAAAACAUAUUGUGUAGCUCAUUUCCUGUCUUGACCGGACGUGAUGACACAUCUUUGAGCUGUCAUGGCUGAAAAAAGGAAGGUUUUAGGGCUCCCACUGCUGUUUUUGUUCAUUUCUGUGUCUCUCUUGCAUUUAUUCGUGUGUCCGUUCACUAAAGUUGAGGAGAGCUUUAACUUACAAGCGGCGCACGACAUCCUGUAUCACAGAUUUGACUUUGACAAGUAUGACCAUCAUGAGUUCCCCGGCGUUGUGCCAAGAACUUUCAUCGGCCCGCUGUUUCUCUCCGCACUCUGCUCCCCUGUUGUAUUUCUGUCUUCUCUGCUGGAUGCACCGAAAUUCUACACACAGCUGAUGGUCAGAGCUUCCCUGGGACUUUGUGUAGUUGGUGCAUUAUGGCACAUGCAGAGAGAGGUGAGGAGGCAGUUUGGCUCCACAGUUGCAGGGCUCUUCUGUCUGAUGUGUGCUUCACAGUUUCACCUGAUGUUCUACAGCACCAGGACACUCCCUAAUGUGUUUGCACUGCCAAUAGUUCUCGUGGCGUUCACGUCUUGGAUGGCUCAGAGAUACGGGAGAUUCAUCAGCCUCUCUGCUUUAGUCAUCAUUGUGUUCCGGUCGGAGCUCUGCAUCUUCCUGGGUCUCAUGUUAUUUAUAUCGCUGCUGAGCAGGAAGCUGGGACUGUUGGAAUUGUUUUACUAUGCUGUACCUGCUGGGAUCUUGUCACUGGCUCUGACUGUGGCUGUUGACUCUUUCUUUUGGAAGAAGCUUUUGUGGCCUGAGGGACAGGUUUUGUGGUACAACACUAUUCUCAACAAGAGUUCCAACUGGGGAACCUCCCCUUUCCUCUGGUACUUCUACUCCGCGGUGCCCCGAGCCCUGGGCUGCACACUGCUCUUCGUCCCCCUCGGCCUCCUUGAUAGACGGAUGAGGCUGCUCCUGCUCCCUACGGUGGGCUUCAUCCUCAUCUACUCGCUGCUGCCACACAAGGAGCUGCGCUUCAUCAUAUACACUUUCCCCGUACUCAGUUUGGUGGCCGCCCGAGGCUGCUCUUUUAUUUUGUGCAACUACCAGAAAUCCUGGAUGUAUAAACUGGGCUCUGCAGUUGUGGUUGGCCAGCUGUUGACCAACGUGCUGUACUCUAGUAUUUGUCUCUAUGUUUCCCACCACAACUACCCAGGAGGCCAAGGGAUGCUGGAACUACACAGGCUGUUGCCACCCACAGCAGAUGUCUUUGUUCAUAUUGACACCUAUGCUGCUGAAACAGGAGUAUCUCGCUUCUUGGAGCAGAACAGAAACUGGAGAUAUGACAAACGAGAGGACAUGAACCCCACGAAUCCAGAGAUCAAAAUGUACUCACACCUACUAAUGGAAGCUAACGUCACCAAGAUACGGCUACUCCAGGACACUCAUCAGCCUCUGGCUUUCAUAGAAGGUUACAGCAACACUGCCUUCAAUGUGUUUCACUUCCCUCCUGUCAGUGUGCGAUUAGAGAGAAAAACUGUGCUGAUGGAGAGAAGGACUGAAUCCUGGCAACAGAAAGGCCACAUUCAGCAGGAGUGAGGAGUCGUGUUUUCUUAUUGACCAAAGGUGACAUUUAAUGUGUAAAACCAGUGUUCUCACAGGUUGUAAUGGGAUAUGGGUACAUUAUGGGCAUAUCUCCGGAUUUUACAGGAACUACACAGGAGUAAUAUCUGUCACAUUCUACUGACAUGUGCUACCCAAGCAGAUAAACAUGUUGGAUUGAACUAAUCAUGUUUAAAAUGUUAUUCCAGUGCAGAUGGUUCUCUUUUCUCAUGUUAAGAAACAUACUGGAGUUAUUAUGCAUUGUAUUUCAUGACUAGCAAGGAAAAAUGUGUUUUCUACAGACAAGGAAACUCUUGUAUCUUCUACAGACAGCGUUGUAUUCUUUACCUCAGGCUGUAAUUUUUAUGUUGUGUAGAUAAGAUUUUUAUAGAUGAAUAAAGUUGAAAAUGAGUGGAACCAGA